AUGCCUAAUUCCAAUAAAGAAAAGAAAGAUUCUAAAAGAAGCAUUGUUAGUCGAUAUAAAAAUUAUGAUGAAUUAGAUAUAAAUGAUGUGUCUUCAAAACUAUUAGACCAGUAUAAAAUAAUUGGUGGAAGGAAAUUUCUAAAUACUCAUGAAGGGAAUUACGUUAUGCCAUCAGAUGAAAUGGAGCUUAGACGACUGGAAGUCUCUCAUGUGUUAACCAGAUAUGUGUGGAAAGGAAAUUUUAGUGCACCAGUUGAAGAAAAGCUAAAAAAUGGUAAAGCUACUGUUCUCGACUCGGGCCAUUGGAUUCUUGAUUUAGGAAACGAUUUCCCAAAUUCAACAUUUGUCGGCAUAGACAUUCAAUCAAGUGGAUUUCCAUCAGUAAACGAACGCCAUCCCAAUACGGGAUUUUUGGAACAUGACUUAACAACCGGUGUUCCAUUCCCUGAUGAGACUUUUGAUUAUGUUCAUAUGAAAAUAAUGUAUUUCGCGCUUACUAAGCAACAAUAUAUAAAUAUAAUUCAUGAGAUAGUACGCGUAACGAAAUGCGAUGGAUGGAUUGAAAUUUUUGAACCUAAUUUAGAUAUGAAAAACCUAGGAAAUUCUAUGCAAGCCGAAAAUGGAUUUGAUCCCAUGAUAUUUUUAGAGAUCUCUAAAUAUUUUAAAUCAACUAAUGAAUUGACUAAUAUUGAACACAUAAAAAUGAAUGUAUCAUUGGGUGAAUGGGCAGGAAGAUAUAAUGAAUAUUCAUUAGAUUCUGUUAAACAAUUUUAUAAAUCUGCUACUUAUAUGCCGGACUAUAUGGGAAUAUCUCAAAAAGAUUAUCAAGAAUUAAUAGACGAUUUCGAUAAACAGU